UGUUAUCACUAAAAUCAAUGAAUAAUCGUGAUAAUCGAGAUCUCAGUAUUAAUCAAAAUAAUCGGGAUUAUCAUUUUGGCCAUAAUCGUGCAUCCCUACAUGGCACUGAUCCAGGACCUGAUAGCAGCAAAAAAACGGUGGAUCAGCUAUCAGAGAUAACAGAAAUCAAAUCAUAUAACUGAUGCAUGUAAAAGAGACGUGACUGUUCUUUCACUAGGAUUGAAUUCAUUAUAUUCGUACUUUAUGUAUGGGUUUCUGUAUGAAAGUUUAAUGGUAAACGAGUGCUUCAGUUAAAAUAAUGAGCGUUGUAGAUCUUAAAGAAAACAAUAUCGGAUGGGUAUCGGCUGAUACUCAAGCUUUCCAUUAAGGAAAAUAAAAGCUAGGAUCAUGACACUUCUAGUAAAUAAGUCAAAUGAAACUGUUUUUAUUUAUUUAUUUAAUUUUUAAAUUGAAUGUUUAAGGAUAUUGCUGUUUGAUUUUCUUUGUUAAAGUCGUUUCACCUUUUGUGAUGUGACACACGCAGUGCAACUGCUUCUAUGUGAUUUUUGUCACAGUAUAUCCUUUUAUGGGUCUAAGCAUACGGCAUAAGAUAAUUUCAGAUUAACAGCCUCAGUCUACAGAUUACCAUUACUUCUUGUUCUGAAGCACUCACUUUAAAUCAUGUGUGUAAGGUGGUUGUGAUCCUCUCAACCAACCGUAAGGAUAAAUAUGAUUGCGUGAAGAAGUACCUGUGUGUGGACUGUCCCACUCCAAGCCAGUGUGUGGUGGCUCACACCCUCAGCAGACCUCAGACCCUCAUGACCAUAGCCCCAAAGAUCUCCUUGCAGAUGAACUGCAAGAUGGAAGGAGAGCCGUGGAGCGUCGAGAUCCCGUUGAAGCACCUGAUGAUGUUGGUAUCAACUGCUACCACGACAGUGCCGCAGGAAAGAGAUCCAUCGGUGCACUGGUGGCCAGCCUCAACCCGGGCAUGUCCAGCUGUGCUGAAGGUCUACUUCAAAUACAACGAAUGUUUGCCGUCACGCAUGGUGGUGUAUCGAGAUGGCGUGGGCGACGGCGUGCUGCUGAGCGUAGUCGACUACGAAGUGCCUCAGUUCACGCAGUCCACCAAGGCCAUGGGUGAAGAUUCCGCGCCCAAACUGACCGUGUUGGUGGUGAAGAAACGCAUCUCUUCCAGAUUCUUCGCUCUCCUCGACGCCAGACUGAGCAACCCUCCUCCCGGAACGGUCAUCGACGCCGAAGUCACGUGACCCGAGUGGUGUGUUCAGGCAUAGUUCAUUGAUCUUUUUCUCUUUCUCUAGCGGUCUUUUUGAUCGCAGCUUCAGGUCGCGUUCGAACGCUGAUGGCUUGAUUUUUCAGGUACGACUUCUUCAUCGUGAGUCACAAAGUGCGCUUCGGCAGUGUGGCCCCCACUCACUACAACGUGGUGCACGACAGCAGUGUCCUCAAACCAGACCACAUGCAGAGACUCACCUACAAACUCUGCCACAUGUAUUACAACUGGCAGGUAAAAGCCACACACACACACACACGUUCAUACGGGAGGAGGGUUGCUAAGUCAACGAUUUUCAUUAUCAAUUAUUAUCAACUAUUAUGGAUUAGUUGUUGCAGCUCUAUUUGCAACACAUUAUACUAAGAAUUGUGUGGUAUUUGAAGAUGUUUGUUCAAGGUAAUGCAGUUAAUACCCAUUGCAGUUCUUUAUACUUCGUGGUUAUUACUCAGAUUAUAAAUGUAUUUGAGUGAGGACAUUUAUCACCUGUGUGCUUUUUCUGCAUUGUUAUUAGCAUAUGUACUGUAUGAUUUAGUAAAAUAAUCAUUAGCCAUUACGUUGUUAUUCUGAUUACUCUGGGUGUGUGUGUGAGUGAGUUCAUGCUCUUGGGUGUGUGUGCUGUGUGCUGCACUUCCUCUUUUUGGUCAGGCCCUACGCCUUGCUGUAGUUAACUUUUAAGAGACACUGUCUAUAAGGAAGAGAGCGUGACUCUGCUCUUUCCCUUAUUCUCAAUAAAGUCUCAUUCUCCAUAUUUUAUUGCCCUUGUGUUUUAUUUCUAUCAAAAAUCUUCUCCAACACUGAUAACGAUCGGUCUGAUGAGACCUGAGCCAGGAGAAGACCGUUCCCUUAAUGCCAACAACAUUUUCUAAUCUAUCUAGCGCAGAGGUGCCCAAACUUUUUCCUGUGAAGGGCCAAGUUUGUCCCGCAGGCCCUAGUUUGGGGACCUCUGAUCUAGCGUGUAGCGGAGCGUUGAUUCGGUCGCCUGAUUGAGUACUAUCGGAUCAGACGGUGAUCCAAAUCUAACUGAUGUCUGUGCGAGGUUAUUGAUGAAGCUCGGAGCAGUAGCUGAUGUGAAAGUACGUUUUAUGCGGUGGCGAGGUGGAAAUAUGAUCCAUACGUAUUAUGAACGAGAUAAGAAUGAUCGGAGACAACUUCAGACUGUGGAAGUGUUACAAUAUUUUCUAUAUUUAAUCCGUACGUAUGAGGUCAAGAGUGUGACCACCAUUAUGAGUAGGUCCGAUUACGUUCUGAUUGACCUCUACUGAAUCUAAGAUGGACACAACCGCUGUUCUCAGAGGGUCUUCUGGGUUAUCAAAAUGAAUAUUAAAAUCACAGACGAUUAAUGCUUUAUCUACAGACACAACCAGGUUUGAGAUAAAGUUUGCAAAUUCACUAAGAAAUUCAGUAUAUGGCCCUGGGGGUCUGUAAAUAAUAAUUAGAGGAAUUGACUUAUUUUUUGUGGCUACAUAAGUUAUGCUGGU